AUGGAUGAUGAUUUAUUAGAGGAUCUUUUGUCGUGGAAGGCGGAAUCCGCAACACCAAUGAAUGAUAGCGGAAAGACACUUCCCACGGCACCAACUAAUGCCCUUAACUCAUCAUCACCAUCCAAAGAAGCGGAAACGUAUCUCUCGAUUCCUUCAGACCUUAGAGAAGAGCUUUUUGAUUACCAGCGAGAUGGAGUUCAAUGGCUGUAUAAAAAACACUGCAAAGCGCGUGCAUGUUUAUUAGCGGAUGAGAUGGGACUUGGGAAGACUGUUCAGGUGUGUACCUUCCUGGGGGCUCUCUACUCGCAAAAACAAAUUAAAACCACAAUUAUCAUAGUACCUCCCACUUUGUUGCCUAUGUGGACGAAUGCACUAGAGCAAUGGGGAAGGUUGGAUGCCAACAUGGUCGAGGUCGUGCACAACGACACAAAAGGCAAGCGUACCAGUCGAUGGAAGAAGUUGACCUACGGGCUGCCAUGCGUAAUGCUCACGACGUAUGGCGUGCUCCGACAGGACGCCGCCAACAUGAACGUUGUUAUGGUGGACUACGUCGUUUUAGAUGAGGCUCAUCUCAUAAAGGACGCCAGCACUCAGACCUUCAAAGGUGCUCUCGCACUCUCAUCACGACAUAAAAUAGCUCUCACGGGAACACCGUUUAUGAACAGCUUCGAAGACAUGUGGAGUAUUUUCAAGUUCCUAGAUGGCUCCAUUUUGAACGCAAGCCGCUCGGACUUUAGUGCGAUCAGUGCAGUCCUUUUGCAUGGAAGCGGAAGUGAUGCGGGCGAGCAGAAUCGCCUGCGAGCAGAGUCUGAGUUGACGAAGCUGAAAGCCGCCAUCAAGCCAUUUAUGCUGCGCCGUGAGAAGGUGGAUGUGCAGUCUGUGAGCUGUGUGAAACACGACUCAGUCGUGUGGCUUAGUCUCUCUGAGGUUCAACGGAAACAAUACGAGCUUUUUCUACAAAGCAGGUUUGAGGAGAACAGGACGUCCCCACCUAACGGGGGUGAAGUAGACGAGGACCUCAGUCAAAUGGAUGAAUGUGUAAGUGGUGAAGGCGAUGCUCUUACAAAGGGGGGCGAGGGCGGAUCUCUGGUGCUUUUGACAGCCCUCUCGCAGAUAUGCAAUCAUCCCUGGUUUAGCCUGACGGAUGCAGGGUUCCACGCCUCCCUCACAAAUCCCUUUCAGGUGUCAUGCGAGGAGGCUGGGGAUAUCUUCGCUGGCCCCAAGCUCAAGAUUGCACUUCACAUCAUUACCAGUUGUAUUAAUACGUCCCACCGCAAGUGUUGUGUUUUCUCGCGAACGAAGCGGAUGCUAUCAAUGCUGGCGGUUCUACUGGAGAUGUCGUCCAUCUCAUUUACACGUAUGGAUGGUGAUAUCACCAGCCCCACAGAGCGCACCCGCGUUAUUCGUGAGUUCAACGAAGACCCACAGCUGUGGGUCUGCUUGCUGACCACGCAGGUGGGCGGACUUGGGGUCAGUUUCCACGGGGCUUCUUGCGUUAUCUUAAUGGACCCGAGCUGGAAUCCGUCGUUGGAUUCCCAGGCAGUUGAUCGUGUUCAUCGAAUAGGUCAGAAGAAUCAAGAUGUGUUAGUCUUUCGUCUUUUGACCUGUGGGACAGUCGAGGAAAAGGUCUACCGCAAUCAAAUCCUUAAAUCGGUGGCAGCCAAGCAGUCAAUGCAGAGGUCUAAGGAGCAACUGCCAGAGUUUCAUCGUUAUUUCACGCGAAUACCGCUGCGAAAUAUGUUUGAGGUUGGGGAGUUUGACAAAAGUCUCACAGCAGCCCAUUUAGAGCUCUUACAUUCAAAUAAGGUUCAAUCAUUUGUGAAAGAUAUCGUCAAGGACGCCCCACACGUCUGUGCCGUGAGUGAUCAUGGAUGUUUGAUGACCGAAGUGACCGCCACGGUGGAAGGAGAGAGCGAGUUGACUAAGGAGAUCUCUACACCUCCGAAGAGGGUAGCGAAGCGCAGUCGUUCUCUUUCUCACACCCAGUCACCAACUCCACGCCGUCGUUUGCAGUCUCCAGAAGGGGAUUGA